AUGUAUUUAGUAUUAAGAUUGGCCAAAAUCAACGUAACCAAUGAGUUAUUGGAAUAUAGCCUUAACUUCUUAAGUCUUAUAUUAAUAAUCAAAUGUACAAUCACUAGAUAUACCAAAAGCAAUCUAGUAAAGGCAGCAAAAUCGGCUGUUCACUGUCAGCAUUUUGGGGUAGAUGCUGGUUCGGUAGUUGAAAAAUAUACCGAGGGCUCGCUGAAAAACUGUUGUGGAACAAAAAGUAGGAUGUUUAGAUCCCCGUCAACCUUCUUUAUUUUGGAGAACUUUAUGGACAAUCAUCGCCUGUUGAUCUUCGAAUUUUUGUACGGUCAAGUUACCAUAUACAGCUGUUGCAGAAAACAGCGUCGAAAAUGUGUAUGGCAGACGAAUUCUAAGAUAUGUGAUCGAUGUUACCGUUUGGAUCGAAAAUGCCUUUCAAUCUGCGAUUCAGUUGAUACAAAUUCAGAAUCAUCGUCAUCAGAACAAGAAGAAAAGCCAAUGCCUAACGAUAAAAAGCUUGAAGAGAUGUACGAGCAAGUAAUCCAGCUUGAGAAAAGCAUAAAAGAUCUCGAACUUGAAUUGAAUCAGAAAAAGUCGAAAGAAGCAUAUAUGUCUCCAGUGAGCUUGUUAUCUGAAUCAGAUUUCGAGGAUGAUACCUUCAGUGUACAAAGCAACCAGCUGCAACUUUUUGAUAAGCAAAUUGUAUCUUCCAACCCAUCUAACAGCUCAUCGCGCUUACCACAAUAUGAGUGGACACUAGGAAUGGUGAAUGGUCGAUUGCAACUGUUAAGCGAAAUCCAUGACUAUGAUGAGCUUUUAAUGUACAUGAGUGCCUCGUUAAGAUACCUUUCGCCUUUUGGAGCCUCUUUUCACACUACAUCCAUCCUGUUCCAAACGAAGACACAGAACUCUUUUAUGCCAAGAAUGCUCAAACUUAUGUCUAGUGCUACACCAACUAAAAACCGAAAACCCGUUGUACCCAUCGGAUUGGCACCCAACCCACGCACAACCAUUGAUAUCUUGGUCAAUUCUUUUUUUCACUGUAUUAAUCAAUACCUUCCGUUAAUACAUGAACCCUCGUUUAGAGAAUACUACAAAAAACUUGUUGAUCCUCUUUCUUCUCCCAUGACUACGGCUAUAUGCGCUAGUAUGUGCAGCAGCCAAUGUGGUCACCUUAACCUGCCGUAUAAACUGAAACGAGAUAUGAGCGAAUAUUUCUACCAAAUAUCUAAAGAUUCUCUUGGCGACAUAUUUGAUGAUCCUAACCGACGUUUGGAGACAGUAGUCACAACUAACUUACUGGCAGAUUUCCUACUCAAUAUGAUGCGACCACGCGAGGCGAGAAAUUUGCUGUCUAUAUCCUUGCUAAUCUGUCAAGAUCUAGCGAGUUACUACAAUUCUCCUGAGCGCACUCUUAUGGAAACAGCUUUAUAUAAUAGACACUACAACGCUUCUAACAUCCUCUGCCGAGUGGUGACAUAUAUCAUCGAACGCAGGGUAAACAAGAAACGAUUCAUGCCAGUGCCACUAUAUCCUUUGCCUGGGGAAUCACUUAAAACAGUGGCAUACUUAGAUGUAUUUAACCGAAUACUACGUUGGAACAACCACCCUUGCGUAUUGCAUUUUUUAGACCAAGUCAGACUAGUAGAAAUGGGCCAUGUCGGGGAACUCAACAUUGAACAUAUCCUCGAGUUUGAACGAAUAGUCAGCCUUUGGUGGAAAGAGCUCCCCGAGGAACUUAAGAUGUGCGAUGAUCCGUUUGGUCACGAUGUUGAAAAACUUGUUCAAGAAAACAAAGUGGAACUACAAAUAAUGCUCAUAACAUUUUAUCACAUCUUCUUGUUUGAGGUCUAUUCUUGCCUAGUACAGCCCAAGUUUGUUAGCUCCAACCCCACCGAUGAUUCCAACCAAAACAUCAAAAAACUGAUUCAAGAACGAGCAGUAUCAUUCUUAUUGAAGAGCGCGAAUUUUCUUGUUGAAGCAUCAAAACAAAUAAGGAAGCAGAGCUUCUUGUGCUUUUUUACUUCUGAAUUUAUAUUCCGAAUAGUCGACACACUUUCUAUGCUAACCGAGAUUUCUAAACCAAGUGCCACAUUGGAAGCAAAGCGUAUUCUUCGUAAAAGCUUAAAACAGUUGUAUGAUUACACUGAUAUAUGCCAUGACAUCAAGGAGGUGCCUCGAAAACCAUUUAACUUACUCUCGGACGAGAGCGAUGAAAACAUCAUUCAAUUAUACGACUCUUUCUCAAAUCCUCGUUUAGUAUUGAUGUACGAUCUAAUAACAUCUAUUACUAAAGAAUCAGGUUUAACGAGAGAAGAUUAAUGUCUCUUAAAGACAAUUUUUUCUGUUUUGUUUUUUUUUUCGCUUGGAAUGUUUACAAUUAUUUAUCAUAUAUUUAUAAUCUUAUCCAUAAUUAAAUUGAAUACUAGUAUGUCAAUUACCUGUAGCAUUUAGCAAAACUAUUCUGGCAUUUGCCUCUCGAUUUUCUUUUGUUAAAUAAAUAUUGCGUAUUCUACCUAU